CAUGUUUAAAAUAAAUUCUAAGCACUACUACCGUCUUUACUGUGCAUGCGCGCGGCUGUUUGAAAUACAAACGUUCUGAAGCUUCUAUACUUUCAUUCCAGUUCUGAUACAGUGGGCUCCAGUUAAACGACACUCAAUGUACCGCAAAACAAUUGUUUAUUUCAUUGUUCUAAAAAAUGAUUCAGUGAAAAAAUGUAAUAUACAAAUGAAAAUUUCAAAAAAUUCGUAUUAUCAAUAUUUUUCUAUUUCAUAGUGUAACCAGUAGAUAUUUGUGUGUUUUAAAAAAUUGGUGAAUGACAAUAAACAAAAUUAUAUAGUGAAAAAUAUUAAAUAGAAAAACAAAAAUUCUAUUGUGAAAAUGGCAAAAUUUUUAGCUACGAUUAAAGCGAUAAUUACGCGACUGGUUUUCGCAUCUCAUGGCUUUAUUGCAAUUUGGCAAGUAACUACGUUUAAAAAGAAUCCUCUAUUUUGGUACUUGAGUUGCCCAAUUUUGUUACUGUUUUUCGAAGGAAUUUUCACGCUUACUAUAAAGGAAAAUCAAGAAUGGAAAUGGUUCUGUCCUUCCGUUUUCUUGUACCUAAGCAGUGUAGUUCCAGCGAUAUGGCUUCUGGAAUUAGAUAAGGUCGAUAGGAGAAUGAAAACGUUCGAAACGAACGUGAACAUAUCCGAAAAUUUCGAUUUAACCAACCUGGCAGCUGAAGAUUUGAAACACUUAGAAAAAGCAUUUGGUGUAAAUAUAAAUCUACCUGACAUAAAAAUAUCGACAGAGACCUGGGUAACUUUGAUCGAGCAGUUUCUGAUGUUAAUUCUGAUCAUUGGAAGAUGGAUGUUACCAAAGGGAGAGUUAACCAGAGAUCAACUAAGUCAAUUAUUAUUGGUUUACAUUGGUACAGCAGCAGACAUCAUUGAAUUUUUCGAUUCCUUUAAAGAAGACCGCAUAGCUCGCGAACCCGUUUUAGUAUAUUUGACUUUAGGAAUUUGGGCGUGGUCCUUGAUGCAAUUUACAGUCGUCCUUACAGCCACCAAGUCCCGAAAAUCUAGACUGUCUUCUGGUAACGCCGUUAAAAAGAGAGCGCACACUGAAACUAGUUGCUGCAGCAUUGAUGUAUGGGGAAUUGCAUUGAACAUGCUCCUACAGGAUGGACCAUUCCUUUCAUUCAGAUUGAUUUUAAUCGUCCACUAUCGCAUAGUCAGCUACAUGAACAUUUUCUUCACGUGCAAGAAUACUUUAGUAAUACUGCUGCAACUUUACCGAUUGUACGUUGUGCAGACGGAGAAUCGAAGCAAGAUAAAGAAGAAAUCUGAAGUACCUAGCAUCAGUAUCAUAUCGAAAGAAGAUAUGUACAAAGAUGUAAAAAGUAAAAGGAUUUCUGAAGAAAGAAGAAGAAAAAGAAGAAGAGACAAAGAUAUAGAGGCUAAUUAUUCAGACAGUGAGGAAACUACGGAAGAAGCAGAUAAAUUUGAUUCCUCUCCUAGAAAUAUUCGUCAUUCCAGAAGAAAAACGCGCCAGGACACCGGAUAUUCCACAUCUAGCUCCAAAAAUUCUGGAAGACAUCGAAAAUCUCAGAGAGGUGAUAGCAAAAAAAAAUCUUCACGUGAAGAAAGCACAAAAAUUGAAAUUUCCAGUGAUGAAGACAAACGUAGAAAAAGAAUUGAUAAAAGAUCGUCGGUGAAGAGGGACAGGAAGUUAUCAGAGAGUAUUAAAAUGAAAACUAGGAACGAGGAUUCUAGUAAAAGUUCAAGCAAAAGCCGGAAGUGCAAAGACGACAGCGAAGAAGAUGAAUCGACAACAGAAGAAGUAGCUGAUAAAAUAGUUAGUCAAGAAAGUGAAUCAGAAUCAGAAAGAAAAAGGUAUGUUCAUAGGAAGCGACGUCAGAACAGAGACUGACAACGAUGCCUCGGCAUAAUCGCCCUCCUGUUUGUGUACUUUGCGAUCCUCGUUAUUUGCAUGAUUUUUAUAUACGCCGGGAUCAACGAUGGUAUUGUAUUAACCACAAGGGCAAAGAAAAUAGUCCUUACUAAUUAACCCUCUGCACUUUUUAUGAAAGUAUCACAAAAAGUUCAAAAUUUUAUCUCUUAUAAGCACUUUUAGUCUUUUAAUCUAUUUUCAUAUUAUGAUUGAUUACUAAAACAAUAUAUUUAUUAAAAUAUAUUUGAAGUUAAAAUUGAAGUGCAAAAAGUUAAGAACAAUCAAGAUUGAUUUUAUUUAGGUUCAGCACCCUACCAGCGUAAAUUAAGUAGUUUGAACGUGUUCUAGGACACUAAGAUGUUAUUUUAAUAUAUAAACGCGACUAAUAAUUAACUAAACGCUGCUUGACAUAUGUAAAUCGUAUGAAUAAAGAUAUUUCUACUAUU